UUGUAAGUUACAUAAAGACAAAUCACUCUUUGUCUUGUUGAGUUGGUUAUCCAUCUCAAUUAACAAUUUUUGCAAAGCUUCAGGAUUAAGUGACAUGGUGUGUGUGGCUGGAACUCGUCCUACUAAAGAUAUCUAAACGUUUGGCCCGUCCAGAUCCAUGGCCAACUUGAUAUUCGGGGUCGUGCGCGAACGCGACUAUCGAUCUUUUUCAUCUACUUUCAACUUGAUCAGUAAGCAGUAUUAUCCAUCAUGCUUCGUUUGACUUUCAGAAACGUACCAUGCAGAGCUAACCGCUCCAUUCCAAGCACCCUUGCAAGAUCCCUUAGUGUUUCAAAAAGAUACCUCGCCACCGACGGGUCUGUGAAAAGCUUCAUUCCUAAGGUCCAAACCUUUGGCGAUAAGACCAUUGAAAAUAACCUCAAGACUGACACCAAUAGACUCUCUAAGACAUUGGCCAAGUUCUGGGAAAAGGUGGAUACCGUCCACACUGAUGGUAAAUACGAAGUCCAAUUGGAUGGAAAGGCAUUGAGAACCCCAGCUGGGUUUCCCUUAGCAUUGCCGGAAAGUAAGAAACAAUUAGCCUACUUGGUUGCACACGAGUGGGCCAACUUGCCCAACUUGAAAAUUCAAACUAGCUCUUUACCAUUGACUUCCAUCGUUUCAAGAGCUAUUGAUUUGCAAAUGAUCAAUGAGAACAAUGACCAAGUAACUGAGGAAACUAUUGUGAAAGUGGGAAACUUGGAAGAUGUGAAAGUCAACAUGUUGAGAUACUUGGAUACCGAUACCUGUCUCAUUUUUGCUCCCAAGAGUGAAUACGAAGGUAGAUUCAGAGCCAGACAAGAUGAGUUAUACUUACCCUUGAUUGCCGAGUACGAGGAUUUCUUUACCCACUACGCAAGAAAGAACAACUUGUUACCCGAUCCUUGCUCCAAAAUUACUCUCGAAUACUUGGAUACUGAGGUUGAUGGUUUAAGAGGAAACAAGCAAACCCUCCUCACCCAGAACGUUGUGUUCCAUUGGUUAGGACAAAUCCCAGUGGCCGACUUAGUUGCCCUUGAAAAGGCCAUUUUGACAACCAAAUCGUUCCUUUGUGGUGUUUCCUUGCUCAGAUCGCACUCUACCGACCCUGAAGUGAUCGAUAACGUCUACCAAAUAAAUAAGUCCAGUCCAGACUCUCAUUUCUUCACAACCGUUGAUGAUUUGGUGGAGCUCGGAAACUUGGAGAUCAUUUUCCAAACUGCAAGAUGGGGCGAGGUGGAUGAUACCCAUGACGUUGACAAGGAAGACUGGUUGAGAAACCUUACCAGUGCUGCCAUCUUGUGCAGAUAAUUGGAUUACUUACAUACCUACAAGAUGGAUGUCCUAACCAGCAACCAAGAAAGUCAGCGAGCUCCGUACAAGAAAUAAUCACUCUGGAGAUGACAUGUAAAUAGUAUAGAAUAGGAUAGUUAGAAGGAGGUAAUAGAGAUGAAUUCCUCCGAGAUGUUGCCACGAUAGUUUUGGCCAAUUGUAGUUAUUGUCAAUAAAAG